AUGCUGUUCGAUAGAAAACCCGACCCUCGCUCAGAUAAUCGAUGGAUUGAUAAUCGCUUACUGUUUGUUAGAGAUUGCUACAAAGAAGGCUUACUGAAGCUCACACACAUAGGUGGUACAGAGAAUCCCGCAGAUGGACUAACAAAACCCCUUGAUGCUACUAGCCAUCGGGAAUUCUGCCGGAUGAUCCGCCUUAUCAAGCAAGCUUAGAGACAAG